AAGCGGGCUGUAAACAGUAAUAUAACCGUCGCUUCGACGUUCGACGUAAACGUGGCGCGUAUUUAUAACGAGACAAAAAAAAAUGCUUAUUCGUAAAUGUUUCCGAUAAUAGCGAAUUUUUCAAAUUCCAAAGGUGCGCAAUUAUGUUUAAUUUCGCUAGUAAAGUAUUUAACGCGAUCGGUGAUUUGGUAUCGGAUGUCGAUCCCGCCAAACCAGCCCAGCCGACCACUCAGACCACCAAUCCGAUACAGCCAUCGCCGCAGAGACGAUUCAGCGGCGAUGCAAGGUUCUACCAAAUGAAACAUCAACCUCGUUUUCCAACACCUAGUCAAAGUCAAGAUGAUCAUCUGCCUCGUUUAGGAUCGACUUCGUCUUCUUCCAGCAGCGGCGGACAUAUUAGACCCAGCUCCACACCGGUGUAUCGGUAUCCGACCACUACUGCACAUACUACUCCCUCGUAUUCUACUCCUUCGUAUUCGACUUCUAGACCACCGGAAAGAUACGAAGAAAGCAAAUUCAAGGCGCCUGAUAUCGAUUAUAACGAAGAUGGUUACAACGUCGGAAGAAAUUAUAACGGAAGUGAAAGACAAUCCUCUUAUAUUACCGAAUUACAAAAAGAAUAUGGAAUGUAUAGAGAGCACGACGUCGACGACGUUAACGAUUACGAAGAAGAAGAUAGGUACUCGUUGAGCUACGAAAACGAAGGUAAUCGUCGACGAAGAUCGUUAAGCAGCGAGAGAGAAAGUUCGCAGUUGAAAAAUACCGAAGAAUAUAAUGAAAAUGUGAUAUACUCCGACACCGAUCGAAACCAUUACGCUAGAGAAAGUCAUCAGUCGAAAAACGAGCCCUCGACCAGCAUAUACGACACUCACCAAUUAUUCUCCUCCGUUGACUCGUACGGCUCUAGCGAGUCACAGAAUAAAAACGAUUUUGCUCAAUACUCCAGCGGCGCUGUCAGCAUCCCUUCUACUUCAUCUUCGUCGUGGAUUAGCGAAGAAGUAGACGAAUAUAAUAAAUCCAGACGUCGUCGAAAAAGCAACUCCGACAGUGAUAAGCAAUUUAGAAUCGAUCACGAAGAUAAAAUAUCGCCAUCUCCUCCGUCGCAAGAUGAAGACGCUAGAAAUUCGAGUAGAUCCGAGUCCGAGUCCAGCGACGAGAUUAGUUUCGGAGAGGCUCUGGCUACCGGCCUUAUACCACCCAAUAUUACGCCGGAGAUGGCGGCUAGGAUGAAUAUCGAGCUGAUUAACCAUCCGAAAGCGGUCAUCGAGUCGUUUUAUGGGCAUAGUCCGGGCGAAGUUUAUACCAUACCGGAGGAAGAAGAUGAGAUAUGCAGCCCGACCGGAGCCGAUGGCGUUACCAGUUUGAGGAAACAACGUAUGGCAUCAGCCCGCGUAGAAUCCUCGUUAACCGAUCAGAAAGAGCUUCAGAACCAACGUGGUCGAAUACCAUCUGCAAACCAGCAGUCCGAUAUAAGACUGAAACAAAAGUAUAGCGGACAAAGUUUAGAUUCCAAAAGUGAGCUCGAACGGCAACUGAUUUCCGACGACAUGAAAGAAAAUCGGCCUACGGUAACCGAAUUUAGUUCACUGGAUGCCCAUAAAAUGUUCAACCCUGUGCAAAAAUUCCAACCAGAUGAACACAACAGGACUGGUGUUAAGCAACCUUUUCGUUAUGUUCAAUCUACAACGCAACCUGAUACUGCUCAAUUUAACUAUUCGCCCGAGAAACCAACUCAACCGUCUCAACAACCCCAACAACCGAAACCGUUCAAAAGUGAAGGUCGACCUCAACCGUAUCAACCUGAAAUUCGACCUCAAAUGUACCAGCCUGAUGUACGUCCUCAAUUGUAUCAACCCGAUGGACGGCCCCAAGUGUAUCAGUAUGAUAGACAGCCUCAAACUUACCCUAAUGAGGUUAGACCCGCUGGAUAUACUCCGGAUCGUGCUCAACCUGCUUUUCAAGACAGAUCUCAGCCUUAUCAAGGCGACAGAGUGCCUCAAAAUUAUCAACCUGAUAAUCGAACUCAAUACCCUGCUCAGGUUGGUCAAACCGAUAGACCGCAGAAUUACCCAGCAGAGAAUGUACAGCCUUAUCCGGUUGAUAAUCGACCUCAACAACAAAAACAGCAACCUCAGCAGCUGCAGCAACAACCGCAGCAGCAUUACCAGACUGAUAAUAUGACUCAAGGGUAUCAACAGAUGCCUCAGAAUAAUCGAACGCAAGGUUACCAACCCGGUUCGCAGAAUUACCCUACCGGACCACCUCAAUCUUAUCAGCAGCCAUUGCAAAAUUAUCAAAAAGACGCACGAGCUCCAGGUUACCAACAACAACAACAACAACAACAACAACAACAACAACAGCAGCAGCAACAGCAACAUCAGCAACCUCAAUCGCAGCAGCAAACUGAUAGAUUGCAGAAUUACCCUUCGUCAGAUCGGCCUCCUCAGCUAUAUCCACCGCCUCAAGAAACGCAACCUCAGAAUUACCAGCAAGGCUACCAAACUCAAAAUUACCCUCCUGAUAAUCGACCUCCUCAAGGUUAUCAACCCCAAGGACAACCACCUGAUAGUCGGCCUGGCAUGUACCAGCAAGGUCAAGGUCAAGGUCACCCACCAGUAGAUAAUCGUGCACCGGGUUAUCAGCAAGGACCUCAAGGUCAUCCACCAGUUUACCAACCAACCCCUCAAGGUCAACCGCCUGGUUACCAACAAGGUGUCGUUCAAGGGCAUCCGCCAGAUGGCCGACCCAUUGUUUACCCGCAAGGUCAAGGUCAUCCGGCGGAUAAUCGACCUCAAGGUUAUCCGCCAGAAGGUUACCCGGGUGAUAACAGAGCGUAUACGGAUCGACCUCAAAAUUACCCGGUGGAUAACAGAACCGUUCAAGGCUUUCAGCAAGACAACCGAUCUCAACCUUAUCCAGGUGAUCCUCGUUCGCAACCUUAUCCUCCGCAAGAUAAUCGCCAAAAACCCCAAGACACCAGAAGACUGCCGCAACCUCAACAAUUCGACGAUCAAUCCCAAAGACCACCUAAUCAAAAUUAUCCCCCAGGUGCAUCGGGCUACCGAGAACCUGAUAAUCAUUACCAGCAAUUUCAAAGACAUCCCAAUGAUCUCCAAGAUGACCGAAGACUACCUCCUCAAGGUGUUGCUCAACAAGACUAUCAAGAUCAAUAUCGCCAGCAGCCAGACAGACGUCAACAGCCGGAUCCUCGUGAUGAUCCUCACGAUCCCGAAGGUCGUCUGCUCGGCGAUCAAGGUCAAAACAACAGAAGGCGAUUACCAUUACGAAAAUAUAAUUCUGAAGAGAGAUACGGCAGUUUUCAAGACUAUGACCGUAGAAGUUCGCACGAGAGUCCUGGUAGAAUGCAGCACGAGGAAGAGUACGAUGCACAAGGCAGACCUAUCAGGAGGUUCCCGGAACGAUUAAAGCAUCGAUCUUCGUCUCUAGAACACGAUCGAGACGAUCAGAAUUACGGUAGAUCUAGAUCAUCGUCUUUCGAACGAUCUCAUUACGCUGACGAGGCUGAAUACGAAGAAUACUCGAAUAGAGAUCAACGUAGAGCGUCUCUAGAGCAUAAAAAGAUGCUCCCUAGGUCGGGUCAGGAUCAUCCCAACUCCAGGCAAAAUGUAUCCAGUAAGCAGGUUCAGUCCAGAGUGCAAUCUCGACCAGGAACUGGCAACAGCGAUAAAACUCGUGUUCAUAAACAAGGCUCGUGGCAAGAAAGCGAUUCGAGAUCGAGAGUGCAGCAAGAUUCGCGAAAAGAAGAGAAUUUCUGUCUGCAGCAUAAAAAGUACACCGGAACUCCAUCGUCAUCAUCGGUGUCCAAACCUACCCGAAGAGUUUUACCAAAAGAGCCCUCGGGUCAAACUCAAAGAAAGACUAUUAAACGCUCCCAGAGUCAAGAUAAAAGUACGACUACAGUCAAGUCAGAAGAUAGCUCGCAUCAGAGAGCUGGAAUUUUAUCAAAUGCUGCUAGAAAAACAGAAAGAAGUGGUCAUUUAAAGAUUACCUUCUCUGACCCCAUAAGCAAUCUGUUGAAUCCUAAAAAGAAUACCGUUUCUUCGGUGGCUGGUCACUCCAGAACAGAUACUACUUCGAAGAACGCUGCAACCAAAAGUGAUAAACCUGUGAUCACAAGCAAUAUUUUACCUCAGUCUAAGAACUACAUCUAUCCAUUGCCAGUGGUGAAGACUCCCAAUCAACCCGAACCACCUAGUCGUUCUCCCAUACCUGCCGCACCAUCGCCUUUGUAUCGAAAUCAACCCCAAUUCGAUCAACCGUUCAGAGACAGUAGACUGGCGUUAUCGCCCAAUACCAGAAGCUUACCCAUACCUAUAGCCCAGAGGACGUGCAGUUUAGAUAGGUACAGCAGCAGCGAAACGAAUUUAAACACGUCACCGUAUUAUCACGAUCAAUUUUCAAGACCAGGUUCAGCUCCGGGGUUAAUGUACGAACCCGUCCACCAAUCGGGCUCCAAUCAACCAAAUCCUUUAUCAUUAUACGAACUACACGCUUUGAAAAAGGAAGAAAAAUUCUGGUCCGAUAUUUACUCAGCUUUACCAGCCGAUAUGAAGCAUUUAAUAACCAAUCGAAAUGUCGGACCUAUGUCUCGAAAAUUAUCCAACAGCAAUGCCAGCUUCUCAUCUGUGGUUUCAUCUCCGGCUACUGUGAUCGGCGGCAAUCAUCCGGCCGAGAGGGCUUCGUUGGAGAACCGUAUGAUGCAACGUUCGAUGAUGGCCAAAGGUCAACCCAAAGGUCCAAAUCAAGGUCGUGACAAUUUCCAUUCUUCUUUGGGCGAACGAAUUGGCAAUCGUUUGAGAAUGCUGCAUGAUAUGAAAGAACAAGCCGCAGCUGGUUUUAAUAAUAGGAGAAAAAUGGCAGAUUCGUUAUCAAGAAGAUCAGCUUCGGAUGGCGAGUAUAGUUUUUCAUCGUCUACAAACUUUCCUCUGUGUUGGAAUCUGACUAGGAGGCCUCAUUCUGACUCUGCUAUCGAUUUAAUUGAUCGGUUAGAGGUGCAAAAUUCACCUACGAGGGUCAGCGGAUCAGCGUAUAAUUCCAGCGAAUAUCUAACCAAAGUCGUAGAUAAAUCGCAAUCAUACCUGACCUCACCUUGUACAAAUGUACCUCCAUCUCCAGCUCCGGCUCAGCCAGUCAGAAUGCUACGUGAUACUGCUCUAAGAGGUGACCAUACGGAAUCGUUGCAAGUCAGCAAUUAUCACCCUUUGGGAGACAAUAGAUCAGGUUUUUUCAGCUGUUUACAAAAUAUAGAAUCUCUGACGAGACAGUACGAAGAAGAAGACCGUAUGAGGACCGAGUUAGUAGGUUACGACGAUGAAAUCUACUCAGAACCUGGCAUCCCCGAUUCCGAAUACGGUAGAUACCAUAGAGGUCUUAAUCAUCCUCGUCGCAGAGAUCAACAAUUCUAAAAUAGCAAUUUGUCGCCUUUCUUCCGUUAUUAGCUCGUAUAUUCAUAUUAUAAGCGUAUGUAUUUUUUCCCUUACGUAUGUAUUUUGUCGUGUUUGUUUUUCGAAAUCGAUCGAAAUGCCCAUAUUUUUAUUAUACGGAGAUAUUUUAUUCUCUUAUAACGAUGCGGAUUUGCUACUGCCGUUUAAAAUGUCGAAUGUUUAUACGUAUUACGAGGUAAUAUUUUUUUUUUUCGAUUUAUACUAAGUUUUAAGAUUUUAGCGGUAUUUUUUAUUUACUCUUACUAUAGAAUAUAAGUUGAACAUAUCAACUUUCGUGCAGAAAUGUACCUAUUCGUCGUGUAUUUUUCUCUCUAUCUGUCUCUGUCUCUCCACGCGUUCUCGCGAACCUCAAAGGAUGGCGAUAAUUUUCAAGUCGUUCCUAAAUGACCAUUUUUUACCUCUUGAGCGUUCGUUAUACUUAGUUAUAGGUACUCGUACGCCCAAUCUUUUCGGAACGUUUUAUACUUAUUAUUUUUAACGACAUUUUUUUUUUUUUUUGUAAUUUUUAUCUAUCAGCGUAGCUGAAUCGUAGGUAUUUCUUUGGCCUGAUUUACGUAUAUAAUAUUUUGUCGUAUUUUAUAUAAACUACCUACCUAUACCUGUAAUUUGUAUAGUUGGUCGUGUACACGUUUAUAUGACGUCGAAGUCGAAGAAAAAAUUUUAUACGUACCGUACGUCAUUCAUCGUAUAUAUAUAAAUGUAAUGUACUGUAGUGUAGAGUUACGUCAUCGUUAAAUUUUCAUCCAUUAACCGCCCCAAGCAACGAUGCAAAUUUAAUAGUUUUACUCGUCUUGUGCCUAUUACGCUGUUUUGCUAAUUAAUGACAUUGGCAAUGGUGACAAUGUAAAUUGGCUACUCUGUGACGUAGUUUGCAAAAAUGGUUACCAAGCGAUCGCUCUGCUUCUCGUACUUUAAUAUUAUGCACGUGCUAUAGUGUCGAAAAAUGUCCUCUCGUUGUACCUAAGUAUAUUAUUUUCGAGAAGAAAAAAUAUCAUCCAAGGAAUAGGUGUUAUUCUGAUACGAAAAUGUUCUCUAAAAUAUGAGGAAUUAUAAACUGUGUUGUAGAUUAUGGAAUUUUUUCGGUUAAGGUGGGAAUAUGUGGAUGAGGGUGGAGGGAGGGAGGGAGGGUUUCAUUGAAUUAUUUUGGUCCUCACUUCCUCAGUGUACAGAAUCAUGAUUCAUGUUACUGGAUCUGAAGAAGAGGAAGGAAGUAUAGAUGGUCUGGGAGGUUAAAAGCAUCAAGAUUAUUUUAAGUUUCCACGAUCGCACUCAGCUCUGAUAUUAACAAAGGAAAAUGAAUCAUGCAAGUAAAUAUCUACUUAUUUCGUUUCAGGUUCAAAUGAAUGAUUCAGCUUUUCAGGAAUAAAUGAGGAAAGGGAAAUUCAACAGUGUUUGAAUAUCUUAAGUGAUUUAUUUUGAGAACUCACGAAUCAUUAUUACUUGUUAAUGUAAUGGGUUUGAAAUUCGAAUGAGUCAUCAACUUGAAGGAAGGGAGAGUCGUAAAAUUGGAGGUGGUGAAAGAAAACUGACGUAUCGGAAAGGAGGCCAGGAUUUGAUUAAAAUUCUCCUCUAAUUUUGGCCCUCGUCUCUUCCUCAUGGACUUGAAAUUUAUGUGUUUCAAAAAUGUUUGAAAAUUUUUUUUGGAAAUAAUCUUUGCAGGGAUAACAUUUUAUUUAAAAAAUAUCACAGAUGAUGAUUUUUUAUUUGCAUUUGGAGGAAGGAAAGGGAACGAGGGGUGGGUAGAAAUGGCUUUUUUAAAUCACUUUUUUAUGCUUACCUAUUUACUCAAAAAAUGGAGGAUAGGUAAUUGUGUGUAUUGAGCGAAUUUUCCCAAACCGUCAGUUUCAAAUUUGAUUUUCCACUUUUAUUCCUUUUUUUUCAUUUGAUAAAAAUUGCCAUUUUUCAUUUUUUUUCCACGUUUGGUUUUUUUUUUGAAAUUAUUCCUAUUCGGAAAAAAAAUAUUUUCGAGGAAAUCAUGAUCGAAGAGGCUGCAUUUGAAUAUCUAUUUGACAGUGGGAAGCAUUUUGCUGUAAUUCUUCGCCUUGCUCCUUCCCCGAAAAUUCAAGAAAUUUUCUUAAUCAAUCAAUCAAAAAAGUUCUCUUUUUUUCUACCGAAGGUGGGUAUUUUUCGAGCUAUGUAUUUGAGAAUCAGUCAUUGCAUAUUUGUUUCAAAAGUACAUACAUUAAUUUUGAAAAAAUGGACAUAAGAUUAUGGAUUUCUUCCCUAUUUUUAAAAAUGAAGCCAAUCAAAUAAAAUCACCUCAAGCGAUUUCAUAAAAAUCAAACUACAUACCUACCUGUCACCCUUUCAAGCCCUCAUUUUAAAAAAAAAAUAAAACAAGUUAAAUGAGACGCAAAAUGUGAUAGAAAAUAGUCUUUGAAAAAUCGUUUUCAUAAACCUUCAGAAGGGGAGGGAGGAUUAAACGUAUUCAUCCAAUGGAUGUUUAUGGAAGUUAUCAAGUGUAAAUUUCGAAUCAAGUAGGUAAGUAAGUAUUUAAGAAGACCAGAAAAUUGGAAAUUAUCGACAUUAUUUUCGAUCUCUUUUUCCAAAAAAGAAAUGGAGAGUCGAAAUUCUUUCGAAUUGCGUUUACAAAUACCUACCUACUUCAAAUUUUUUCACAGAAUCGUACUUCAAGGCCAAUUUAAAACAAGUAAGAAUUAUUUCUGGAAAAUGAUCUUCAAAUAAUGGUCUGGUCAAAGGAUUGAGAAGGGACGAUUAUCUUUCGGUUGCGAAUCAAAAUUUGAUAUAAACAUAAAUGAAAAUAAGUGUUUUUUGUGUUUUUUUGACAUUUGUGUCAAUUCUCAUUUUGACUUUUUCGUAGAUAAAAUCUUUUCCAGGUCGUUUUGAAACCAAGAAUAAAUUUCCUUCUUCUCGAGACCUCUCAUUGGAAUUUUUUAAAAAUCAGCCAAAUAAAACUGAUUCUGAACAAGGAAACCGAAAAACAACCCUAAGAAUUUGACUUUAAAAUUCAAUUUUUUUGAAAAAUACAUUCCAAAUUUUUCUAGCCAGAAACGCCAAAAUUACAGCUGCUUAAAUUGACUUUUUGGUGAAUUGUAGAAAAUAUAAAAAUAUAUUGCUGGUAAAAGUGACCACCUAAAUUUUCUUUAAAAACAGAAAAUGUAUCUAUUUUUUUCUUCUUUUAGAAUGAGAUCUUUUUAGUAAAAUUUAUGAAAAUGUAUUGCUUCUUUGGAAUCGUCAUGGCUUCUCAAAAACAAAGUUUCUAAUUUCAAGUCAUUUUAGAUUUUAAAAUUGGUCAAAAAAUAAUGCUUGAGGUUUUAUGUUGCAGUUAGAACAGUGAAUUUUCGAGCUGGGCACCUUGAAAAUAGGUUGAAACCAAGUUCUUAGCUGCUGGUGUAAAUUUUCAUUUUCUCUGUAGGAUUUCGGAAAAUUUAUGGAAAGAAUUGAAAUUUAGUUGACAGCUCUAAAUUGGCUGGAAAUAAUGAAAUUGAGUUUUGAAAGAUUUGAAAACCAAUUUUCAUUAUUCUCAAAAUAAAAUAACAGUUUUUUAAAGUACCCAAUCAACAUAGAAAAAAUUAAAAUAAGCUGGCCAAUUUUAGCUGCAGAAAUUUUGAAACAAGUUUUUUCCGAAAACCCUAAUUUCACUAUAAAUGAAGCCGAAUGUCUCAGGUGAGACUGGAACUUGAAAUGAACAUUUCGCAUAAAUUUCACCCCUCUUCCUCAAUGUUUGAAUUCCAUGAUUCGCAUCAAUCCCUGAUCUUAUUUUUUUGAUGUAAUUUUCAACUCUCUUCAAUCUCAGUUUAUUAGCCAAGGGAUGGCUGUAUUUUCAUAGUUGAGUAUUUUGGACCUCUAUCUUGAUGCUGCUGAAGUAUUAGCCUACUUACGAGUCUUCAUUUGGCCAAUUAUGUACCUCAUUUUGUGAUGAAAAUGACUUCAGGAUGAUCUAGGUCAUAUUCUGUAUACAAGAGGUAUUUUGAGCUAAAGCAAUCAUGGCAAUCGAUUCGACGAAUAGCAAUAAAAAAAUUUCGAUAGAAUUGCAAUAAGUAGGUAGUAAGUAUACAAGAAUUCACCUGUCUGGUGGAAAUGAUGGAUAUUUUUUUCGAUACCUAAACAUAGUUUCUUUCAUCCCUGUUCUCAGUGGAAACUCUUUCAUCGCAUUUUUCAUUUCAUUCAAAAUCAUGGUGAAAAUCGUGGUCGUAUGGAUUCUGACGAGAAAAUAAAUAACAAGAUUUUACUAGUUUUUAAUUUUAUUUUUUUAAACCUCAAAAUGCAUUACCUACCCAUCAGUCAAAAAUAGUACUUAAAUUCGUGACAGAAACCUCGAAGCGAAGUCUUUUACCUCCGUUCAUUUCUUAUAAGCUGACAGUAUAACCCCACUGCCCCCUCUUCCCACCCUCUACACAUCGUUUAACGCAAUUUCGGCUCGUUUUGUAGACUUAACAUUUUUUUUCUACUUUCUAUAUUCUAUGUAUAAGUAUUACACGAGGCGGGAAAUUCAGUAAGCGUAAGUUUUUUACUACCUAUUUCUAAUCUUCUCUCUCUCUCUUUCUGUCUUUUACAUGGUUCACAGACUUGAUAAACCUCAUUUGUCCUGACUUUUUCGACGAGCUUUCUCCUUUUACGCGUCACUCGCAGCAGCCUAUCAUUAGUCAGCGAACGUUAACGGUGCGCUAAAAGGAAGGCGAAUGAGGUUGUAAUGGCCUAUUUUGUAAAUUUUCUCUCUUUAUCUCAUCUCUAUUGUACGCAUUAAGCCUAUAUUUAAAUGUUAUCGAUGUUUUGAUCGCAUUGUUAUCAUGUUUCAUCAUUUUUGAACUAUAUUUUUUUUCCACGUUUUGUUGUUACGAUGAUAUUUUACUUAACGUUACUUUUUUCGUUAUCAGUGAUGUAUUUACCUUGUUUGUUUGUUUAUUUUAUUAUUUAUUUAUUCAUUUUAUUUAUUUAUUCAUUUAUUUACUUAUUACUUAUUAUUUUUUUUCAAAUAUAGAAUUGUUCGA